UGGAGUUGGGCCCUGAAUCGGACCUACUAAUCAUCAACAUAAGUGCAAACAUGCUGAUACUAUUGCUUCCGGUGACGAACUUCGUACUAACGUCCAACGCGUUUGACAGGAUUCUCAUCUGCGAAGUCGUCAACAAAAAUGUCUUGGAUCAUGAACCCUGAAGGUGAUGCUCCUAAGCCACCAGCAGAGGACAAUUUGGUGGAGGACCCAUCAGACCCUACCAGAAAGGUGACCAAGAAAACCGCCAAUCAGCCCUUCUUAGCCCACAAGCAAUAUAGAGAAAAGCAGGAACAGGAACACCAAGCAUGGCUCCAAAGAAAACGCGAACGCGAAGAGAAACUUGCCAAAGGAGAAGAAGUCGGUCCUGAAGAGGAAGAUCCUACUGCCGAGCACGAAGUGGGGUUCCUUGGGCUGCUGAAGUUCAUUGUAUACUUGAUUCUCAUUGUUGUGAUCGCGGGCAAGUUCUUCACUGGCAGCUUCCUCUGGGAAUACGAGGGAAAGUGGGCACGAUUGAAGACAUAUUGGCCAGAGAAUAGUGGGCGACUCUUCUCAGAAACAUAUUUGGCAACAUUUGAUGGUAGUGACCCAGCAAAACCCCUGUAUCUGGCGGUUGAUGGUGACGUAUUUGAUGUCUCGAGUAAUCCUGGAACGUACGGUCCAGGAGGUCCUUACCACCAUAUGGUCGGAGUGGACGCAGCUAGGUCAUUUGGUACAGGAUGCUUUGCCACUCACCGAACGCAUGACCUGCGAGGUCUGUCCGAAAACGAGCUCAGGGGUGUCGAACAUUGGAAGAAGUUCUUUGCUGAACACAAAACAUACUAUAAAGUCGGCAAAGUCCUGCACCACCCAAUUGAUCCUGAGAGUUCAAUACCUGAGCAUUGUGAUCCAAAGAAAGAGCAGAAAAGUCAUCCGACAACGGGGGAUGCUGAUCCGAGUCCGCAUUCGAAGGCGAGAUCAAUCCGCGAGGAAUUAUAG